AAAGGACGCGUGUCCAAAACCUGCACGUUCCGCAUUAUAAAUGGAUUAGGCACCCUGGUGCCCGCAGCCGCACUGGUCGUUGUAGCACUGGUGGGCUGCGACAGCACCGUUAUCAUCGUGAUGUUGGCGCUUAGUGGCUUCUUCAUCGCCACAGACUGCACGGGCUCCUACCUCAACAUGCAUGCAUUCGCGCCCAACUACGCGGGCACCAUCGUCGGGAUCGUCAACAUGUACGCCAAUCUAACGGGCAUCGCCAUCCCUUACAUCGUUGGUGCAUUCACCAACACCAAUCCAACGCGUUCCGCUUGGAAUGCCGUCUUCUACCUGUCGUCAGCGGUGGCCGCCGUGUCGUACUUAAUCUACGCUGUGUUCACUACCGCUGACGAGCAGCCAUGGAACGUGCCACCCUCAGCAUAUAGAAAUCAGUUUUAA